AUGGCUGAGCUUGCUGGGGAGAGCACCAUGGAUGUACCAGGAGCUGGCUGCGAAACCAGGUGCUCGAGGGGUGGCGUGGGUGAUGCGCCGGUGCUCCCCGAGGAGAAUACCCCGAAGCACAACAUGGGCAGCCCAUCCCAGCUCCCACCCAGCAAGGAGGAGAGUGCUGCCAGGGCCAGGGAUCCCAGUGAGGAGGGCAUCCCGGUGCCCACUGCGGAGGGAGCAGGCAGCACUUCUGCCUGCCCAGAUGGCAGCGCCGGGGCUGAGAGUGGUCUGCUGGGUUUUGGCAAGGAGCUGGUGAGCAGCACAUGGGAGGGGGCAUGUCCAGAGAGCCGCAAGCCCCCGCUGCCCCUGGAGCUGCUGUGCUGCGGCAUAGAGGGGCUCUCGCCCGUGGCCUGGGUCGAGGAGCCAGCAGGGGCAGAUGAGGACACAGGCUCACCGCAGCAGCACCCGUGCAGCCGGGAGGCCAAGGAGGAAGAGGGAGGUCUCCGCAGUGGCUCCCCGAAGGUAGAGCCCCCCAGUGCCGGGACCCUGAGCCAGGCCAGCCCAGGCGCUGAGGAGAGCUGGGACGCGUUGUUCAAUGAUGAUGGGGACUGCCUGGACCCGCGCCUGCUGGAGGAGCUCUCGGGAGGUGAGAAGCGCCAGGAGAGCCAGCAGUCACCCCGCUUUGACUACUACCGGGCUGAGCCCGCCGCACCAGACCUCAGUGAUGCUGAGCUGCCCCAUGUCAUCGAGAUCUAUGAUUUCCCUUCAGAUUUCCGAACUGAGGACCUGCUGCGUGUCUUCUGCAGCUAUCAGAAAAAAGGCUUUGAUAUUAAGUGGGUGGACGAUACGCAUGCCCUGGGCAUUUUCUCCAGCCCCAUAACAGCACGCGAUGCCCUCAGCACCAAGCACCUGAUGGUGAAGACGCGCCCACUCUCCCAGGGCACCCGUGCCUCUAAAGCCAAAGCCAGGGCGUACACGGACUACCUGCAGCCAGCCAAGGAGCGCCCCGAAACAUCGGCUGCCCUGGCCAGGCGGCUGGUGAUCGGUGCCCUGGGGGUACGCAGCAACCAGACGCCAGCUCAGCGAGAUGCGGAGCGGAGGAAGCUGCAAGAAGCCCGGGAGAGGAAGCGCUUGGAGAACAAGCAGCGAGAGGAUGCCUGGGAGGGCCGGGACUGA